UGCGGACGGCAUUACGCAACUGUCAAUCUCUUUGCAGGUGCAGGUCGGGUCUGUUGGAUGAUGGCGCGAUAGAUUCUUAGAUCCCUGGUUGUUGAGAAAUUUUGCACAUCAUGUCUAAAGCCGUGGUUAAGACGACCUUCGAGGCGUCUCGAACUCUUCGUCCCAUCUACACCGGAGGAAGCACUGCGCUGGAUGCCAGUGGCCGUCUACUGGCGACUUGCAUCGGCGAGGAUGCUCUCGUGGUCGACCUUGAGACCGGCGACCAGCUCGCCAGCCUUGAAGGAGAUGGCGAAAUAAUCACUAGCUUGGCCAUUACUCCGUCGGCUUCCCAUGUCAUUCUCUGCUCACGUUCGAUGUCCAUGCGCAUCUACUCUCUAUCGCCUUUUGAUGAAACCACCCGAACCGUCGAGGCCAAGCUCGCUAGAAGCUUGAAGCCUCACACAGCACCCGUUGUCACGACUACGAUUGACCCCACGGGUACUCUUUUGGCCACCGGCGCCGCAGAUGGAUCGAUCAAAGUUUGGGACAUUCGGGGUGGAUACAUUACACAUACCUUCCAUGGCCACGGUGGUGUCAUUUCGGCCUUGUGCUUCUUCCAAGUACCAUCCCAAGAAAACGAUAACAAAUCGUCGUCAAAGAAGAAGAAGAAGUCCAAGGGCAAGUCCUACGACUCGGAUGAGGAUGAGGAGAUGGAUGAAGCGGUCGACUCAAUUGGCGCUUUUCGACUUGCUUCGGGCGACGAGGAGGGUAUGGUGCGCGUAUGGGAUUUGAAUAAGCGAAAGCCUAUCGCAUCCCUUGAGUCCCACGUUUCAGUUGUUCGGAGCCUUUCGUACUCGCCCACAGAGAAUGCGCUGCUCUCUGGAGGCCGCGAUAAGACUGUCAUCGUGUGGGAUGUGCGGACUUUCAAGACACGGAGGGUUAUCCCCGUCCUCGAGAGUGUGGAAGCAGCUUCAUUUGUUGCUGAUAGUGGAUUGUGCUUGGUGGGUGGAGAAAACGGCCGUUUGCGCGUGUGGGACUGCAACCGCGGCGGAGAGAUUACCCACGAGCAAGAAGCUGCGGCCGAAUUCGAGGCUGUGGUAGCGAUCCAGUACUCCGCAGGCAUGUCUUUCGCGAUGACUGUCCAUGCUGACCAAACUAUUCGACUCCACUCACUUGAGCCUCUGUCCGACUACAAGGCUGGGUCUACGCUCGAGCCUCUGCCCGUCAUUAGACGUAUAUCCGGCAACGAUGAUGAUAUCAUCGAUCUUGCAUAUGUCGGCCCCGAUCGGUCAAUGCUUGCUUUGGCUACCAACACAGAGAGUAUCCGCGUGGUUUCAGUUGGUCCAUCCAAGGAUAGGCCAUCUACUGGAGAGGGCGAUUAUUUCGGUGCCGAUAUCACGCACCUAGAAGGCCACGACGACAUCAUCAUCUGUAUCGACGUGGACUGGUCAGGCCACUGGCUAGUGACUGGAGCCAAGGAUAACACCGCACGCCUCUGGCGUCUUGAUCCGAAGAAUUCCUCCUACACGUGCUUUGCGGUCCUCACUGGUCAUGCGGAGUCCCUGGGCGCCAUCAGCUUUCCUCGAGCUCCACCUCCAGCCAACACCCCGGCACACAAUGACCCUUUGAACCAUCCUCCCGCGUUCCUGCUCACAGGUUCUCAGGACCGUACCAUCAAGCGAUGGGAUACGGGUAAACUAGCUCCUCUUAGUUCCUCCAAACCCCACAACCCUAAGGCGGUUUUCACACGCAAAGCCCACGAGAAAGAUAUCAAUGCGCUGGAUGUCAAUCCUUCGUCAACCCUGUUCGCAUCCGCCUCGCAGGAUCGUACGGUGAAGAUUUGGUCCAUUGAGGAUGGCUCCGUUGUGGGUGUCCUCCGCGGACAUAAGAGAGGAGUCUGGUCGGCACGUUUCGCGCCUCGAGGCACUCCUAUCCUCAACUCCGAAUCCGGAACGAGCACCAACAGAGGCAUGAUUGCCACGGGGUCAGGUGACAAGACCAUUAAGAUCUGGAGCUUGUCGGAUUACAGCUGCCUCCUCACAUUUGAAGGUCACACAAACAGUGUGCUGAAGGUGAUUUGGCUUCCACCUCCGGACUUGUCCAACAAGGAAGACGAAGAAGAUGAAGCGCUGGCACACAAUGCAUCUGCACAGCUGCGACCCCUGGUUGCGUCUGCGGCCGCCGACGGUUUGGUGAAGGUCUGGUCCCCUUACACAGGCGAGCUCGAGACGACCCUUGACAACCACGAGGAUCGUGUCUGGGCUCUUGCCAGCCCUACACCAUCUGGCUGCCGCGACGAUGUUCUGUCUUCUUCCACCCUCCAGCAUUCCUCUCCUUACGGCCUUGCCUCUGGCUCUGCCGACUCUACCGUCACCUUCUGGACCGACACUACCUCAGCCACCUACACAGCUACGGUCAACGCCAACUCGGCCCGUAUCGAGCAGGACCAACAGCUCCAGAACUACAUUCGCGCCGGCGCCUAUCGCGAAGCCAUCACCCUUGCACUCCAACUCAACCACCCAGGCCGGCUACUCUCCUUGUUCACUACUGCAAUUGAUGCCGCUGAUGACCCGCAUUCGGCCGACCCCGAAGCCACCGAACGUGCUAACAGCCUAACCGGCGAUCCCUCGAUCGAUGAGGUUCUGCAAUCCCUUGACCCCGAAAAUCUUUGCACCCUUCUCCUUAGACUGCGUGAUUGGAACACAAACGCCCGCACCUCCAGAGUCUCCCAGCGCAUCCUAUACGCCUUGUUCCGCUCCUAUCCUGCUUCCACAUUCGUCGAGCUUGCAACUUCUAGCAUGGCGAAGCGACGCAGCGACGGGCGCACCGCAGCAGGCAUGAAGGAUAUCCUGGCCGCCCUAGCCUCGUACACCGACCGCCAUUACCGUCGCAUCGAGGAACUCUCCGAUGAAAGCUACCUCGUGGAAUGGGUUCUUGCCGAGAUGGACGGCGGCGUGGGCCUGGGAGGAUUGGGUGUUUCCGCCCCGUAUGAUCCUUAUAGCAGCAGCAGCAUCCCCGAAGACAGCGCUGAAAAAGACGUGGUCAUGCUGGGGGUAUAAAGAAACCUGUGAAUGAGACUAUGUACAAAUAGACCAAGUUAAUCUGGAUGUUUGCAAAUACCGUGAUAUGCUGGCGCUUUCCGUGGAGGAGUAUUGUUACAUUAUUCUUUUGGUAUAUAAAAGUUUUUGUCUCUUGGAUGAUACACUAUCUGCUUCGAAUAGAAGCUACUUG